AUGUCUGGGGAAGAAAGUAAAGUUUGCUACUAUGGUGAAUAUCCCCUCAACCCAAGUCCAAUGUUGAUUUUUACAGGCCCCCUAUUUGGCAUGAGACAUUUGCAGACUUUAUUACUAUUCUUUGGUAUUGUCAGCGCUUUCAUUAUCACCGUCAAUAUAGGAGUUGCUGUGGUAGCUAUGACAAAUGCGGCAACCACGAACCCAGAGUUUUUGGAGUUCAAAUGGAGCAAACAAGAAAUCGCCUACAUUUUCUCCAGCUUCUCUUGGGGUUAUGUUAUUAGCCAAUUCUUUGCAGGGCCUCUAUGUAAAGAGCUGGGGGUGAAAAAUACUUUCGGCUGGACUAUCUUAAUUUCGGCUGCAUUGAGUGCCAUUACUCCCUAUUGUGUGAUGUGGAAGGGAUGGCAGGCAUUCUGCCUUAUACGAUUCAUUCAUGGUCUUGUUCAAGGGCUGACAUUUCCCUGCGCCAUCCAGCAUUUGGCCAAAUGGUUACCCGCAAAGGAGCGCAAUCGUUUGGGGGCCUUCAGUUUCACAGGCAUGGAAUGUGGUACAGUCCUGGCUUUAGCCCUUAGCGGGAUUAUAGCCAAAGGUUCCAUGGGAUGGCCUGGCAUUUUUUAUGUCUCGGCCGGGAUAGGUUUCAUGUGGUGUCUGCUAUGGCUUAUUUUUGGCGCCAAUAGUGCUGGUGAGACAAGAUUCAUUUCAAAGGCAGAGAAACAUUUUAUCGAAUCUUCUAUAAAUGGAGCAAGCAAGUCAGAUGUAACAAAAAUACCAACGCCUUGGAAGGCCAUUUUGACAUCGGGCCCAUUUUUGGCAUUGAUUGUAGUUCGCUGUGCUCAUGUUUAUGGCUGGUCUACUUUCGAGACUCAGAUACCCUCCUACUUCCAUGGAGUUCUCAAAAUGGAAAUUAAAUCGAAUGCCUUGUACUCAGCCUUGCCUUUUCUGGCCAGUUGGUUUAUAUCAUUUGUUUAUAUGUUCUUGGGAGAUGUACUGCAAGCCAAAGGAACUGUAAGUCUAACCGCACUGCGAAGAAUUUUCAGCAGUUUGGCAUCAUGGAUUCCAGCACUGGGUUUGAUAGCUAUUGGCUUUAUGAAUCAGGAGACUAAGACUUGGGCCUUGGCCAUUAUGAUUUUGAGUGUGGGUGCCAAUAGUGGCAAGACAAUUGGCAUUCUUCUAAAUAACAUAGAUUUAUCGCCCAACCAUGCUGGUGUAUUGAUGGCCCUCUCGAAUAUUCCAGCCUUUUCGAUGGCCAUAAUAUCUCCCCUGGUUGUGGGAUUUAUUGUCACCGAUGGAUCAUCCCGUCUGCAAUGGCAAAUUGUUUUUGCUAUAGCCUCUGUAAUUUUCUUCCUUGGAAAUUUGGUUUACAUCAUAUGGGGUUCCACUGAUGCUCAACCAUGGAAUGAUGAAAAUUUUCUGGCGAAGGAUUCUGCCACAUCAGUGACAAAAGAGAGUCAGUCAGAGAGUCAACCAGAUGUAGCAAAAAAGGAAACAAAACAAAAUGUGAUUUAA